AUGUAUACACAUAUGUGUGUGUGUAAUAUAUAUGAAUAUAUAUGUAUAUAUAUAAAACAGUAUGAUACAUACUUUUUGUAGCCUGUCUUUUUUAACUUAAUGUAAUAUUAAUGUUUUAUCAUGUCACUAAAUAUUAUUUUACAAAAUUAUUAUUACUUUUUAAAGAUUUUAUUUUAUUUUAAGUAAUCUUUACACCCAAUGUGGGACUUGAACUCACAAUUCUGAGAUCAAGAGUUGCAUGCUCCACCAAUUAAGCCAGCCAGGGGCUCCUACAAAAAUUUUUGAAAAUAUUUUUUAAAUUAUUAAAACAAUUUUUUGUUAAUAUUUAUUUACUUUUGAGAGAAAAACAGAGUGUGAGCAGGGGAAGGGCAGAGAGAGAGGGUGACACAGAAUCUGAAAUAGGCUCUAGGUUCUGAGCUGUCCACACAGAGCCCAAUGCAGGGCUCAAACUCAUGAACUGUGAGAUCAUGACCUGAGCCAAUGUCAGAUGCUCAACUUACUGAGCCAUCCAGGUGCCCCCCAAAUUAUUUUUAAUUACUGUACAUAUAUGUAUGUACUGUGAUGUAAAUAUCUAUGUAUUGUUGAGUGUCAAGAAAAUUUUGAAAUUUUACUUAUAGACGAAUAAUGCCAUGGUAAAUAUUUUUGUAUAUAAACCCUGUGCACACCUUUGGUUCAACAAAACGAGUUUAUUGAAUAGUUACUAUGCAGCAGGUAUUGUAAAGAAGUUAUAAUAAAGCCAUUUCUCUCCAGGAGUCAUAAUUGGGGGAGGGGAAGCUCUAUUCUACCUUCGGUUCUUUAGAAUAGGAGCUGGUGGGUUAGUUCCAGGGUACACAUUCCAGGUUUGGUUGCUAAGGUGUAAUUGUUUCUCAAUAAUUGGGUAGUAUUCCCAGGAGACACUUCUAUGCCAUCUCAACUGCUUCCUCAUAGUGCUGUUGUCCAUCUGGUGUGGGCAAGAAGGAGAGAAACAGGGACUGGAGCAGGGUCAGGCCUAGAGAGAAGUUAUGGUAGGUUCUUCAGAGAUCACGGACAGGAACUUGGAUGUCUCAGAAAAGAACAUCAAGGACUUUAUGGAGGCACUCCAAGUUGCUGGUCAGUUGUCAGCAGACAAUGUCUUACAAACGCUCAAGUUGCUGAAAGUCAAAAUCCUAAAUAACAAGAUGGCAACUCCACGAUGCCAGAAGGUGACAGAUAUCAUCGUUGACUACAUGAAGACCAUGAAGCCAGAGGGAGAACUGGAGGAGUUGUGCACUGAAGUCCUAUUGGCUCUGGGGUUCCAGUCUCCAGGAAUAGUCAUCUUCAAGCUGUGGGACAGAUGGCAUUUGAACAACUUGCCCCCAAACGGUCUCCUGGUUGCAGUGGGGAGACUCAUCUUCUGCCAGGGUGCAGACCCCUACAUUGGUGUCACAUGGGAAUAUAUACUGCACCUUCUGAGGAUGGCCCAAAAGGAGGAUGACAUGUUGGCAGUAUGUCAUGUGCUCAAAGGAUUGGUCAUCAGUGCCCGGAAACAUCUGGAUCUGGGUACUAAGAAUGAUGAAAUGAUGGACAUCACACAAGAGGCACUGUCCAUCAAGGCUUACCUCACCCUUCGGGUUCUCUUCAAUCGUUGGUCCCUGAGGAGCAACAACAAGGUGACAGAGGAAACUCUGGUGAUAAUUGGCCAUCUCUUCUUCCUCAUUCCACCAUCCAAACUCAAGAAUCAAGUGAACCGUUUAACCCGAUGGUUAAUGACUUUGAUGUCUGCAAAAGUGGCACCUUUCUACAUUUCCCAGUGUAUCUUCCAACUUAUAGAUGCUCUGGCUCUUAGUGGCUGUGGAGGUAUAAACUUGGAAUCCCAGCUGGGAAAUAUUAUAGGCAUGCUGUUCAAACAGCUGAGUGAAACAGUUGAGGACUCAAAUCAUCACUCUGUACAGAACCACAGCCUUGCCCUGAAGACCUUCUAUAUCCUGACCAAGUUAUAUAAUGAUCGGGUGGUAACCUUAAUACGAGAGAAUGUGGAAUCCAAGGAUCCAGCCAAGAUAGUAUCAACCAUUCAAAUUUUCACAGAUGUGCUCCAGAAAGUGCCCCAGACAGAGCAACUGAAGAAUGAGGUGAUGCAUUCAGUCAUAAUCAUGAUUCAGGAGGAUCUCAAACCAGUGCGAAGGGCCCUCCUGAACUUCAUCGAGAUGCUGAUCCAGCAUGACUACUUGGCCCUGCCCCAGGGGAGCAUCAUCAUCAACUAUGUCAUCAAGCUCAGCGUGUCUGACUGCUCAAAUGAAGAGGACAUCCAACUAACGUGUUCCAAAAUCCUACAGAUGGUAACCUUGCCCAAACUGAUCACCUUGGUAUGCCAGCCCAGCAACACCUUGGCCUUCGUGCCCCUGAGUAAGAUGGCCACGAAAAUGGCUCUGAGGGCCCGUUCCCUGGGCCAGGUUCCCUACCUCAGCAGCUUUCACCUCAGGCCUACCCAGUUCAUCUCCCCACAGAAACUCCUGACCCAUCUUGUGAUGUUUUCCCUGAAGCCCUAUAGAGAAGGGGAGUUUGGUGUAAGCUCUCUAAGGCUACUAUAUGCCCUGCAUCCUAUCACCUCCCUGCACCCCGUUAUCAACUCGAAUGUGGGCCAGCUGUGGAUGACGGAGAUCCCACAGAUGUUGCAGAUGCUGGAUGAUCACACUGAGAAGAGCCUGAAUCAGGAGGAGUGGGAAGACAGGCUGCUCCAGUUUUCAAGUCAGUCAUUAUUGGCUAUCAGUGAUGACAGCUGGCUGGAGCAACUCAUUAAGGUUGUCUUGGAGAGGAUAAAUUAUUUCAAUGAUGAUGAUGAGGAGGAGAAGGCUUUUCUAUAUAAAUUCUUGGGCUUCACCCUGCGGACCUCGAGGAAUAUAAAAAUGGUGCAGAUGAUGCUCUCUGCCAUCCUACAAACUGUCCAUGAAGAGCUGCAUGAGAGGGAGGGCAUUGCUGUGGCGCUCAGUAUCGUGUCCAUGAAACAUCUGAAGGUAACCCUGGACCAACUGCAAGCAUAUAGUGCUAUACUCACUGAAAAGAACUCAUCAUCCAUCCUCAAACUGAUGAAGGAACAUCAGCAAAGGGAAUGGGGGCUGGUCUGUAACAUCAUCUACUUAAGCUAUAGCAAGAUUAUUUCAGAGAGCAAGGGAGCCAUCUUCAUGCAUUUAGAUGACAUCCUGGCCAUGGUCCUGCAACACUACCGCAACUGUAUUGUAGAAAAGGAUAAGAACCUGACGUUGGAGUACCUGGAUGCCCUGACCAAGCUAAUAAACAUCUUGAGCAGCCAGCCCAUGGCCUUUCAAUUCAAGUUCCCUCAGAAAAUAGAAAUUGUAACCUUUAUGAUGGAGUUAAUCAGGGAGGAGCCAUUGAAUUCCAUCUCCAGUUCCAUUAGGCAGAGGGCAAUGAACUUCAUCACUAACUUCAGGAAGCUCCAUCCCCUCACAGAGGUGGAAGAAAGAACAGAGCUACUCCAAACGUGCUUUCAGAGUGUGCUAUGCCUGCCAUCCACAGAGGAUUUGCAGAAGGAGGCAUCCAGUUCCCAGGAAGCCCAGGCCACUGAAGAUUUGCUCAUGGAGACCCUUCAAUCCCUCCUAAGGCUAAUGGAGACACUUAUUGUUGAGAUGCCUUCUCAGAUCCAGUACUGUUUGGAGCAUCUGAACAUAUGGCUGAAUUCCCAGAACGACAAUGAGAGGGAACGGGCCAUGUGGUGUGCUGCCCGUAUUCUUGGCUUCACUGCAAAAUGGAACAACUUUGGAGUGGAGAUCAAGUUCUCUCGGUUGGGGUGGUUGGUAAGGCUGCUGGCCAUGCGCUGCCAGGACCCAGUGGACAACAUCUGCUUCCUGUCUUCACAGGCAGUCUACAACCUCUACCGUAUCCUCCUGCUGCAAAAGCAGAUGCAAAGGAAAAAACAGGGCUUAUGGGAAGAAGAGGGCAAGAGUGAAGUCUAUAGCGCCAACGUGUUCUAUAACAACACCUUUGAGAUUGCCAAGGCAUUUGCAGAGUACUUCACCGAGAUGCAGCUCACCCACCUGGUGCUGACGGCCAUGGAGGGUCUGACUGACAGCAAGGCCACGGUGUCUCUGGCAGCAGCCCAGCUGAUGAGUGCUGUCAUGAAAGAACGGGGCAGAGAUAUGAUAAAGAUUGAAGAAAUUGUGGAGGGGAUUGUGGGACGGCUCAACUUACAGCUGGAGCCCAACACGAAGGAGGAGACAAUGCGGGCCAUGUGCUUGCUGGCUGGCAACAACACCCACAGGGUUGUGCCCAUGCUGCUCAACAAGACCCUGCCUUGGGACAGAACCAAUCUGGCCCUUUGGAAGGCAUUUGGCACCCGGCGAGAGACCACAAUCAGCGUCCUGCAGCUGCUCAUAGGCAUCCUGGAAAAGCUCCACUCCAGAGAGGAAUCUAGGGAGAUGGCCUUCCAGCCUGUGGCGGUGACAUGUGCUUUGUGUGAGAUGCUGUCAGGGUCCCUGUGCCAGGAGGCUGUCCAGGAGCUCUACCCCCGGCUGUUGCUGGCUAUACUGCAUCAUCUCUACUGGGUGAUUGAACAAAACGUCCCCCAGAAGAUGGUGGUCUACAACAGGGAGGAGGGCCCAGGCCGCAAAAGCAAGCCCUUUGAUCCUACUAGUUGUGCCUUGGAGGUAGUGAAGCUGGUGUUCGUGGCAGCUGCAUAUGAAGGAGUGGUGGUCUAUGCAAAUCAGCAUCACUGCUGGGACCUUCUGUCCAGCCCCAAGUGUUACUACAUAGGGAUCAUGGACCUGACAAGUGGCAUUGUGAAGAACUGUGAACCUGCCAUCCUGCAUCGAAUCCUCAACCUCAUCAGGAACAUCCUCUAUAGCUCCAACUAUCACAGGAGGAUUCUGGCCAGGACUUUCUAUGCACAGCUGCUCUGGCACCGAUCAGUGGCUCAGACUGUGGGGCAAGACUUUUUGGGCAAUCUAAUCAAGUGGACCAACGAGCCCAACAUCAUUAUGAAAGAAGUUGGGCUCCGUGGAAUCAGUAACCUCGCAUUGCACCCAGGACAAUCAGAAUCUCUGAAGAGCCAGGUUCCAUUCUUGCGAGACUUCCUGAAGAAUGAGGCACGAGUGACAAUGCAGGCAGUAAAGAGCCUACGGAACAUCAUCUGCUUUGGGAAGCAACAGAACACCAAGGUGGUAUUUUGCAGCAUCUCCAAGCAGCUGCGUCCACUCAUCAAUGAUGAGAGGGACCUGGUGAAGAUCUCGGCCACCUCUGCCCUGGGCCAUAUGCUGCAUCGAGUUCACAAAUUCAAGCCGGGAGCCAUCACCCGAAGAGAGAUCUACAGUUUUCUAGUCCCGCUGCUGCUUAGCAUUCAGGAUAAUAACACCGAGGUAGUCAAGGCCUGUGGAGGGGCCCUGACUGAAUGGACUAAGGUGAUUGGCUGGUCAUCACUCACACAGACAUUCCAGCACACCACCCUCAGUGAUCACAUCCAGGUAUUGGAAGAAACGUGCAAGUACCUGGUGAGCACAAAAAAAAUACAGCUUGUGGGGGAGUUUCUGUCCCAGAGCUUCGACUUCCUGACGAGCCCUCAGUCCUUCCUACGGGAAGCUGCCAUCAACUUCAUAGGAUUAACAAUUAAGAGGUUAACCAUGAAACGAAUUCACGAGGAUGAUGUGGAGCUGUUACAGAAUGCUAUUGGAAGCCUGAGGAAUGAUCCUGUGGAAUCUAUCCAGUCUUUGGUCACUACUACCCUGAAAAACCUUGAUGAAUAUCUUAAUCCCGAGUCUAUCUCUGCUUCCAGGAUGAGCCAGCUGAGCAAUAACAUCUUCAAAGUCACUGGCAUGAAAACCUCAGAAAGAAAGAAGCGACUGUUUAAGACUGUCAAACAGGAAAGAGAUGAUGAUGACAAUCAGAAAAAGAAUAUCUGGAAUUGGCUUCGAGGCCCUCUAAAUUCCUUGUGCAACUGGCACAAUAGGAGGGUGAAAACUACUCCACUCAUAAUAGGCAAUUCAGAUAAAUAAUCAAUAUGGUCACAGGUCCCAACAUCUGAAAGUCCACCUACAGAAGCUGGACCUGCCCCUAAAUAAGUUGCACCUAACUGCUCUGGGACUGAAGCCUUUUCCAUUUGUUGUCCAGAUAAGCAGUACUUUGAUUCACAGUAGCUCUCCUACCUUUUUCCAACUGGACGGGCUACCUGGGAUUAAACCCAAGGAGGCGGUUUUGAUCCUAGAAGGCACAGUAUGUGUCUCUCCCUAGGGGAUUGUUGGCUAUCAGCAUAUACAUUUGUCAAUAAAACUUAUUUUCUCGUCCUAAGACAAGGUGACUUUCAUCCUAGUUUUGGGGGAUUGGGGGUAAACCUGAGUGACAGGGACAGCUUUGUAUCUCCUUCAACCUUCAGGUAAAAUUCCAAAUGACGAGAGUGAGGAGGAGUAGGAUGGUGGAACAGCACACCCUCUGGUUUCUGAUCUUUUUCCCCCCACCGCCUCACACCUUGGAUGAAAUUCCCAGGACUGACACACUUACAUGGGCACAUUCAGAUUUCAGGUUGGAACAGAAAAAGGUAGGCUGUGGGUGUAAACAGUGGAGUGGCAGUAACACCAGCCCCACCUCUCUCACUUAAAAAAGCACAUCAGAUUGCAACAGAGUAAGUGACAUUCUUGUGGGGAUAAGUUUGAGUCCAUUCUAAUUUGUUUUUAAAAAUCACUCUAGGGGUGCCUGGCUGGCUCAGUUGGAAGCGCAUGUGACUCUUGACCUUGGAGUUGUGAAUUCAAGCCCCAUGUCGGGUGAAGAGAUUACUUAAAUUAAAACACACACACACACACACACACACACACACUUGGGGUGCCUGAGUGGCUCAGUCACUUAAACAUCUGGCUCUUGAUUUGGGCUCAGGUCAUGAUCUCACAGUUUCAUGGGUUCGAGCCCUGCAUCGGGCUAUGUGCUGACAGUGCAGAUCCUGCUUGGGAUUCUCUCUAUCCUUCUCUCUCUCUACCUCUCUCCUGCUCAUGCUCUUUCUCUCUCUCAAAAUAACUUAGAAAACAACACUUAAAAAUCACUCUAAAACUCAGACUUGAAUCCUUGCUCCCUCUCCCACAUAACCAUUAUUAGUGACUGGUUCUUUUAUCCUACCUCAGAGCUCUGCACUUCACUGCUGUGCGUCUGACGUCUCAUCUAGAAAUGGCCUUGAUAAUACUGCCUGUGGAUCCUCCAGUAUUUUUUCUCCCCUUCUUUUUUUUUUUAACUGUGUGUUUGGUUGCCUAGAAAAAGGAAUAUGUUUCCUAACCUGCCUUGCUGCUAGGUCUGACCCACCCAGGUGGGUGGAAGAGAAAGUAGCAUAUCUGACUUCCAAGACAUGUUCUUCAAGGGC